CAAUGGCCAUGCGUGCCCUGCCCCUGCGUGCGGCGAAUGCGCUGGCCAUGCCCGCCCGCCCAGCCAUCCGCCCCGCCGCCGCCAUGGCCGUGGCCGUGUGCCGCCGCCAUGGCUCGUCGCCCGCUUCGUCAGACGCCGUCCGAGACCUCGAAGACGCUUCCUCGCUUCAGGUGCCGCCGCCGCCGCGCGAGCUCGCCGCCAGCUUCGACCCCGUCGCGACAAGCCGCCUGCGCAGGCGCGGCCACAAGCAGCUGCCGCCCAGCAGGUACCAGUAUCGCUCGCCCAAGUACUACCGCGGCCCGCUGCACCCUCACCAGCCCCCGCCCGAGUCGGACCCCGCGUCGCGCCUCUUCCAGCCGGGCCCCUUCAGCCUGACGCGCCUCGAGCAGACGUACCAGAGCACCAUCGCCGCCGACCUGCUCACCCUCACAUACCAGCACUACCCCCCCGGCUACCGCGCCCCCACGACCGACCAGCGCCUGCGCGAAUGGACCGGCGACUCGCCCUACUUCAAGAACCGCCCGCUGCGCCCCCCGCGCGGCAAGGGCGAGGUCCUCCGCCUGCUCCAGGAGCCGCGCACAUUCCGCAACGUGCCCGCCCUCACAAAGGUCAUUGUCCACUCCAUGGUGCCAGACGCCCAGGAAAACAGCGGCCAUCUACACGUUGCCGGCAUGGUCCUGCAGGCCAUCAGCAACGUGCGCGCCGUCUCCCACAAGGCACGCCACAAUGUCGUCGGCUGGGGCCUGCGCAAGGGCAGGUAUGUCGCAGUCACAUCGACCAUGGACCGCGCCCACGCCGACGACUUCCUCGCCAAGCUCAUCAACGUCGUCCUGCCCAGGAUCAAGGAGUGGAAGGGCGUGCCGGGCUCCUCGGGAGACGGCCACGGCAACUUCAGCUUUGGCCUGACCCCCGACCAAGUGUCCCUCUUCCCGGAGAUCGAGGUCAACUACGACGCCUAUCCGCCCAAGAUGAUUCCCGGCUGCCACAUCACCAUCCAAACCGACGCCACAAGCAACAAGGACGCGCGCCUGCUGCUCCAAGCCAUUGGCAUUCCAUUCCAUGGCAAACUCAACGACUAACGGCCAGCCUUCUCUGGCUGUGUACAAGACAUGUAGUAGAUGUAAAUACAGCUAGCUAUCCUGGCUGCC